CACCGCCGCCGGAACAAAAGGCGCGGCCGAAGGUGGCGGCGUGGCCGUGCCCGCUGCUCCCGCCGCUCCGCCACCAUGUCCGCCAGCGGCGGCAGCUCCCCCGGCAAUGCCGUGAAGAAGCGGAGCCCCGCCGGCUCGGCCGCCUCGCUGCCGCAGGAGGAGGAGAAGCAGGCGAUGGAGAAGAUGCUGGAAGGGGCGCAGGAAAACGGCUGCGCCCGCUCGCCAUCGCCCUGCGGCUCGGCGGAGGGGGUGACCCUGAAGCGGAACAUCACCCUGCUGAACGGCGUGGCCAUCAUCGUGGGCACCAUCAUCGGCUCCGGCAUCUUCGUCACCCCCACGGGCGUGCUGCGGGAGGCCGGCUCGCCGGGGCUCUCGCUCGUGGUCUGGGCCGUGUGCGGCGCCUUCUCCAUCGUGGGCGCGCUGUGCUACGCCGAGCUCGGCACCACCAUCACCAAGUCCGGCGGGGACUACGCCUACAUGCUGGAGGUGUACGGCUCCCUGCCCGCCUUCCUCAAGCUCUGGAUCGAGCUGCUCAUCAUCCGGCCCUCCUCGCAGUACAUCGUGGCUCUGGUGUUCGCCACCUACCUGCUCAAGCCCAUCUUCCCCACCUGCCCCGUGCCCGACGAGGCUGCCAAGCUGGUGGCCUGUCUGUGUGUCCUGCUGCUGACAGCUGUGAACUGCUACAGUGUCAAAGCUGCCACCCGUGUGCAGGACGCCUUUGCUGCGGCCAAGCUGCUGGCGCUGGCUCUCAUCAUCAUCCUGGGCUUCGUGCAGCUGGCCAAGGGUGAUGUGGAAAACCUGACCCCUCAGAAAUCCUUCGAGGGCACCAAGGUGGGCGUUGGGAACAUCGUGCUGGCCCUGUACAGCGGCCUCUUUGCCUAUGGAGGAUGGAAUUACUUGAAUUUUGUGACAGAAGAGAUGAUAAAUCCCUACAGGAACCUGCCCCUGGCUAUCAUCAUCUCCCUGCCUGUGGUCACGCUGGUCUAUGUGCUGACCAACUUGGCUUACUUCACCACGCUGAGCACCGAGCAGAUGCUGACGUCCGAGGCCGUGGCCGUGGAUUUUGGGAACUACCACCUCGGUGUCAUGUCCUGGAUCAUCCCUGUCUUUGUUGGGCUCUCGUGCUUUGGGUCUGUCAAUGGAUCUCUUUUCACUUCUUCCCGGCUGUUCUUCGUGGGAUCCCGAGAGGGGCACCUGCCUUCCAUCCUGUCCAUGAUCCACCCCCGGCUGCUCACCCCCGUCCCGUCCCUCGUGUUCACGUGUGUCAUGACCCUGCUCUAUGCCUUCUCCAACAACAUCUUCUCAGUCAUCAACUUCUUCAGCUUCUUCAACUGGCUGUGUGUGGCCCUGGCCAUCAUCGGGAUGAUGUGGCUGCGCUACAAGAAGCCAGAGCUGGAGAGGCCCAUCAAGGUGAACAUCUGCCUGCCCAUCUUCUUCAUCCUGGCCUGCCUGUUCCUCAUCGCCGUUUCCUUCUGGAUGACGCCCAAGGAGUGCGGGAUCGGCUUUGCCAUCAUCCUCAGUGGGAUCCCCAUUUACUUCUUCGGGGUCUGGUGGCAAAACAAGCCCAAGUGGGUUCUCCAAGGCAUCUUCUCCACCACCGUGCUGUGCCAGAAGCUGAUGGAGGUCGUUCCUCAGGAAUCCUAGGCAGGACAAGCAGGGACUCUGAGCUCGAGGAAACGCACAAGGUUAUUCUGAGAUGACACAAGGAUCCGACCCCUCACUCCCCAGUCCCAGGCACUGGAGCUGCCUCCUGCUGCCACCACUGCCCCGAGGCUCUGCUCACCUCCUGCAGCCCCUCCAGCCCCUCCCAGCCCUGCAGAGCUGCCAGAAGUCCUUGGUACGAGCCAGGAGGAGGAAUUCCAAAGGGCACUUCCAGGGGGGUGCUGCCUGUGCCCUCUGUGUGUGUGUGAGGGCUGUGCUGGCUCUGGGGGGCUCCUUUGCUUUGGCUCUGGGAUCUGCUGGAGCCUGGUUUGAGUGUUCAGAGUGCCUGGGGGGGCUGGGGCUGCCACAGAGCCCUGGGGGUGGUCCUGAGCUGCCUUACCUGGCCCAGGUGGGGGGGUGGGAAGCAGAGGUUGGCUGAUGUUGUCUCACUCCCCCAAACUCACAGCCCCAUGUGCUGCUGGACACUGGGUGUGGGGGGGCCUCAGCUGAGUGUCACUGUGCUCCUCACUCGGGGCCCUGCCACCCUUUGGAUUUGGAUCACCACUCUCAGAUCCAAGGCAGCUCCCUGCUGCUGAGCCAGUCCUCCAGGAUGCUCUUCCCCACAGUGCCCAUCCCUGGGAGUGAGCACUGAGGGGGGAGUUCCUGCUGAGAACCCCAGGAGCUGCAGUCAGCAGAAGGCCAAGUCCUUGGCUUGCUCAUUCCAUGCUUUUCUGUGCCAGGCUUUCAUCCAGCAUGGGACGAGCAGCUCUGUGCUCUCUCUCCUCAUGGCCCUGCUCAGGGAGCCAUAUUUGCCCCUAAAUCACCUGCAGGGAGAAAUAAGGGGUGGGGAUUGCCCUGGCACAUUCCCUGGGGUCUCUCUGCACUGCCUGGAGCUGUUCCCUUUGUCCUGCUGUGUUUCCUCUGGAAUGUGCCAGGGAGAUGGGACCAACUGGCUCUGGGCUGUGGAGAAGGACACAUGUCCUGGCUGGCUGGAGCCACCUUGGGCUGCUGGAGAUCAUGGAAUGGUUGGGUGGGAAGUGACCUUUCAGCCCAUCCAGUGCCACCCCUGCCAUGGCAGGGACACCUUCCACUGUCCCAGGCUGCUCCAAGCCCUGUCCAGCCUGGCCUUGGGCACUGCCAGGGAUCCAGGGGCAGCCACAGCUGCUCUGGGCACCCUGUGCCAGGGCCUCCCCACCUCUGAGUAAUGAAAGUGAGCUCUGCUCUAAGGAGCAGGGCCUGGGCCUGAUCCUCCUUCGUGCAUCAGGUCUGGCUUGAUGAGAUCCCAGCACCACCCUCCAGUUCCAGGAGCAAUCCCUGAGCACAAUCCAUGAUGUGCAUGUGAAAUCCUGGUUUGCUGUUGUGGGUGGUGCCAUCCCAUCCCUGAGCAUCCCAGAUUUCCUGUAGUUCCCAAGUAGUCAGCACUGUCCCCCGAGGGACACGUUGCUUUCUUUGGUCCAAAGUGUCACCCUUUGGAAAGCUGCAGUUCCUGAACCAUUUGCUCAUUGUGCCUCUGUGCUCUGACAUCCCCUGGAAUUCUGAUCUGUCCCCACUGGAGCUGCUUUGCUGUCUCUGUUGCAGAUCUUUGUGCUCGUGCUUUGUGCAGGUGGCUUGGUGAACUAUUCCCUUUUUUUUUAAAUCUUGGCCGUUGGGAAACCGGGGUGCUCCAGGAGCUGUCUCUUCCCUCUGGGUUCUCCUUGCAGCACAGUUCUUUGGGGUGAAGGGGCAUUAGGGACACCAUGGUACUCACUCACUUUGUGCUGGGAAGUUCUGCAGCACUGCAGGUGUGUUGAGGCAGGGCCAGCUCCUGCCCAGCUGUGUGGCCGUGUCCAGGUGCAGCUCCACACUCCCACUUUGGCAGCCCCGAGUCCUGCUCCGAGGCAGGAACAGGGGAGACAAUCAGCUCUUUAUUCCAUGGCAGCUGGGUGGAGAUUCCCAAAUCAGCUCAGUGACAGUGUGGACAUUCCCAGUGACAAGUGUGGACAUUCCCACUGACAGUGUGGAGAUUCCCAAUCCAGCUCUCUGGGAGCUGAGUUAAUCCAUGAGGAUUUGCAGCUGCUUUGGGAAUAUCCAGAGGGCAAAGCCCAAGGUUUUUGGCCAGUGCAAUGAGUUGGAGCAUCUCAGAUCCAGUGCCAGUGGAGAGGCUUUGGCAUAAAUAAGGUCAUGAAUCACAAAACCUGAACUCGAGUUUUGGCUUCUUCCAGCUGAAGGCUGAGGUGGUUUUGAGCAGUGAUGGGAAAUCACAGCUCCUGCUGGACCUGCUCCAUGGAGAGGGGACCACUCAAGCUGCAAGUUUUUUUUGGCUGGGAGGUCUCAGGGCAGCUCUUGCAGGGCCUGGGUUCAGCAUGGGGGCUCUCAGUACCAAAACCCACCAGCAGAAUUCCUUGGGCUGCAAAGCAAAGGCAUUGGAAUCUCAACCACCUCAACCCAAAGUCAGCUGGCACCAAGGGCUCUCCACAGAGAGCUCAGGAUUGGGGCCAGACCUCCCAAAGGUUGGCUUGGACACAUUGUCCAUCAGAUGAUGACCAUGACAGUGUCCUCCAUGUGACCCUUUCACACUGCUUUGAAAGAGGAGCUGUCACACUAAAAAGUAUUUUUUAAGCAAUCAACAGAUUUUAAUUAAAUCCUUAACUGGCUUGCUUUGCUUUUCGUGGAUUUCCAUGAUUUCUCACUUGCUGCUGAAGAUUUUCUCUUGUACUAACCUGAGGCUCUGAUCCCACCUCUGUGGGCAUCUCAUCAGCAUCUCCUUGGCAAUAGAGGUUUAGGAAGAAACUGAACCAGGCACCAGCACAGAGCCACAGCAAGGCUGAAUUUGGUCAGCCACAGCUCACAUCUCAAAGCUGAUCUGCCAAAAAGCUGAUUUCUCUCACCCUGGAGUCACUGAUCCCCCAUAGCUGCCCUCCACCAGAGCUUGGUGGCACGGCUGGAAGAGCUUGGGUUGGUUUUUCCUGGAGGUUUGGGAGACAAUGAGGGAAGGGGUAAAACUGAAUUUAAUUUUAGAAGAAAAAUACCACAAGUAGUUUCUGCAAUCAUGGAAAUGGCUGCCACAGCCUCUGCUGUCUGUGGCAGCUUUUCCCUUGGAUCAGCAACAUCUGCCCCCAGUUUGUGCAGUUCUGACGGGUUUGGGUGUGGAAAAGGGGGAAUUCACCCCUGGGAACGACCUUGCUGCUUGUUUUCCUCAAAUGUGGAGGGAGAUUUGUCAGGGAAGGCAGGGGAGUGACAGAGUUCCCAGUUUCCCAUCCUUCCCAGCACUGGGGGUGGGAUUUUCCCUACUGAGCUCUUUGGAGCCUGUGGUCAGGCAGGGAGGGAGGAGAACCCUCCCCACAAGGACCCUGCAACCACAGUGACCUACAGGAGGUUCCACAGGAAUCUGUUCCAUGGGCAGCUCCCUGCAAGUCCAGCUGGGGCUGUUCUGAGCAUGGAAUUCAGGUUGGAAAAGACCUUGCAGGUCACUGUGCCGUGAUCCUGUGCUCUGAGCUGACCCCAGCUUCCAAUUCCUGCUCCUCUCCAGUCGUUGUGAGCUCAGGCUCCCAGGCUGGCAGAUGUUGUUUGGGGUGUUCACGGAAUUGCAUCCCACAGGGAUUGCUAAACAGAGCCAGAGCUGCUGGCCAGGCACUUCCAUACCCAUUGGGUUCCUCUUUCUAAAUGAACCCUUCCUCCAGCUGGGAGGGGAACCAGCCCUGCUCAGCCCUGCAAGAACCAGGGGGAUUUAUGUCAUUGUGAUGGACUUUUAAUGAUUUUUUUUUUUUUAAACUUCCUGCAGAAUUUGCAGUGGUUUCCAUCUCAGACACCGUGUUCUGGUAAACAGGAUUUUGUUUGCAACGGUGGCCACGGAGUUCAAAGGGACUGGCACAGCUGAACAAAUUUUAAAGGCCCUUCAGCUGGGUUGGAACUCCUGGGAAGUGGCUUUGUUGUUGUCCAGGUCCUCUCCCAGUGGGUGGCUCAGGCAAGGGAAUAAAUUGGGCUCCUCCAGGGGCUGCUCCUUGGUGGGUCUGGGCAGGGACAGUGGGGCUGUUCCCUGGAGCUGUGACUUCCCAACCCUCGAGGGAUAUUCCCAGUGGCAGAGUCCUGGUCUGGCUGCAGGGAAUCCCAGGGAAUGUUUCCACUCAGUCUGGGAAGGUACCUGUGCCUUCAGCUCUUGGGCUUUAAUGGAAAAUCAAAUUACAAAACAAAUCCUUGAGGAAACUGCCAGACAUUGUCCUUACACAACUUGGGCUGCUCCCGUGGGGUGCCAGCUCUUCAUCCACUCUGCAACCUCAUGACAUGAAAUUGGGCAAGGGCUGGAACAAAGCAGCUCCUGGAGCUUGGGAAAGGGCAGCCCCAGGGCAGGGUGGCUCCAGGCUGGUGCCGAGCUCUGGCUGGGACCCCAGGGACUGAAUCCCAGCCUGUGCCUCAGCCAGAGCCAGCCACGCCUGGCUGCCAAGGAGGGAGAUCCUGCAGGGCUGGGAAUCUGCUCAUGGGAUGCAGAUUCUGCUCCCUCAUCCCUGCCAGGACAUCCUGGAGACCUCAGUGCUGAGGGAAGCUCCAGGGGCUCCUCAUUCUGGGUGUCUCCUUGAGGAGUCACACCCAGGAUUGUGCUGACUUUGCCUGGGCUCGAGUUCUUCCCAGUUGGAACUGGAACUGGGUUGGGAAUGUGUGGGGGAUGCUGCUGAGCUCCCACUUGAUGAUGCAGUGGUCGGAAAGGUGGCUCGGGGUGGGUGAUCCCAGAGGAUCCCAUGGCCAGAGGAUUAUUCCUUGCCUGAGAAGGGGUGUUGCUUCCUCCAGCUGUGGAAAUGGUAAUGAGUAAAAACAAAAAGUAUUUUUUUAAACACUGAAUUAAUUUCUAAACUGCCUAAAAAAGACUUUAUAGCUCCACCUGAGUUCUUCCCCAGGGCUGGCGUUCAGCCCAGCACAGGGGCUCCCUCCUCCCGGGCUGUGGCUGUGCUGGAUCAGGCAGGGGAAAAGCUCCUGGUUUGUUCAGAGGAUGGGGCAGGUCCAUGUCCCACCACAAUCCUUGGAGAGGGAGGAUCCUGAGUGGUUCCCAGACCUCGCUCCCACCCUCAGAACAAAGCGAGGGUGACCUUCACUCCUGGUGGAGAAUCUGUCUUUUCAGAGACACUUUGCUUUGUAUUUUUGUUGUUGUUUAUUUUUAAACACAGAAAAAAAAAAAAAAAGCUCUUAACACACACAAGAAAACCUGAACCUGAUUUAUGAUUUUGUUACAUUUGGUUGCUUUAAAAAGCCUGUUUUACUAAUUUAAAUAUAUCUCUAGAUGACACUAUAUUUAUUUGAAGGGGGUAAAUAUCUUUUAGUCUUAAUUCUUCUCCAGUAAGUGCUGUGUAUUCCCAACGUUUGUGUUCCUGGCAGCACAGCAAUUCCACUGACUGAGGGCUGGGCAGCCAGCAGCUCCUGAAUCCAAUGGCCUUGGACAACAAGAUGUCUCUUGCAAUAUAUAUAUUUUUUUGUAGUAUUUCUUGAUUCUUUUAUGUCUGUGGUUUAACAAAUCUGUUCAAUGUUUGGGUUGUUCUAUGUUUUGGGUUGUUUUGUUUUGUUUUUUUAACAAAGAGAGCUGAAUUACAACA